CAUGGACCCGUGGAGAUGCGGUGACGUAAGCAACAGGUUGAUUGGAGCGGCUCGCGACUGCCUCGUGCCUGCAGUUCCAUUCUGUGCCCAGCCUGUGCGCGUGCGGUAUCUUCAUGCGGAGCAGGGAGAGCUGCACUGCUGCACGAGACCGUCCACUGCAGAACACUGGGCUCGUGACUCAGAAACUCUCAGCGUUGAUAAUAAACCCAGAAGCUCGUGAAGCAGCGGGGUGGCCGCAGGUGAAGACAGCCUGUUGAAGAGUCCUGCCUUUGUCUCCCAUUGAGCCCUAAUCCCCUCUCUGUCUGUGAUGCCGGGCUGUGGGUGAGUCUAUGCCCGCAACCAGACUGAAGCUGGGGAAACUAAAGGUGGUGCGGCGGCAGCUGCUGCAAAGGUAUGAACACCAGCCCUUUGUCUCCUGCCUGGCUGGACUGUAUGGCUGCCAGUGGAGGAGAUACCAAAGAGCGCGGGCGCAGCCAGGAGAGUGCUGCUGCAGCAAGGUGGAGUGUGGCAGCUUUGGGCUCCUGAUCCUCACCUUCUUCCUGAGCUUUGUUUUCCUUUAUUUCUGGAGCGAAGCUCAGAAUGACUACAAUGACUUUGACUGGUUUAAUUUCGGGAACCUUGGCUUCUGGUUCCCCUGGUCCCUGGUCCUGCUGGUUGUUGCUGCGGCGCUCUUCACAUACAUUGCCCUGUUACUGGUGUUGGCGGUGUGUCUGCUGUCUGAAGGUCAGAGGCUCUAUCUUCACUGGAGCCACAAGACUGGCAUCAUGGUAACACUGGUGUUUUCUGUCACCGCCACUGGCAUCCUGUCGGACCUCUGGAGCAAAGAAUGGAAAACACUCCAACUGUCCCUGCAGGUGACGGCUCCUUUCCUCCAUGUGGCUGCAGUUUCUCUGAUGGCGGUUCUCUCCUGGCCGACUGCUUUGCACUUUUUCCGCAUGAGCAAGAGAGUUCGACAGGUUGUGGUCCUGGCCCUCUACCUGUCCGUGUUGUUCUCUCUCUACCUGGUUCCCCUGGGGAUGUACUCGCCCUGCAUUAAAGACGCAGGAACACUGGGACCAGCCCCUACGCUCAUCGGUCACAGAGGAGCUCCAAUGCUCGCUCCAGAAAAUACUUUAAUGUCUUUUGAAAAGGCAGUAGAAGCUGGAGGAGAAGGCCUAGAGACAGACGUCACAAUAAGCUAUGACGGCAUUCCCUUCCUGAUGCACGAUUCCACCCUGAGGAGGACCACUAAUGUCGCUGAGGUUUUCCCCAAUCGGACUCAACUGGACGCUUCCAUGUUCACCUGGGCCGAGCUGCAGCAGCUGAACGCUGGCAGCUGGUUCUUAUCGAGGGAUCCAUUUGGUACUGCAUCGCUCCUGUCGGAGUCGGAUCGCUCUCAGGCCCAAAACCAGUCUGUUCCCUCCUUGGCCCAGUUCCUGGAGGUAGCUGCUGCAAGCGGGAAACUGGUUCUGUUUGACCUGCGCAGGCCACCGUAUGGACAUCCUUAUAGGACGUCCUACAUCAACACAACUCUACAGGUCAUCCAAUCCCACAUCAACUCCUCACAGGUGCUGUGGCUGCCUUCAGAAGACAGGGAGCUGGUUUAUGGUCUGGACCCAGAGCUGCAGCAGACCUCUGGAGAAAAAGCCUCCAUUCAGGAACUAGCAGACGAUCACAUCAGGAGGCUGAACCUGCACUACAGCACCAUGUCACAGCAGCAGAUCUGUAAAUACCAGUCUGUGAACAUCAGCACCAACCUGUAUGUGAUCAGCCAGCCGUGGCUCUACACUCUGGCCUGGUGUGCUGGAGCUCAGUCCGUGACCACAAACUCCGUCCACAUCCUGUCCAGCAUCAACAAGCCCCUCUUCCUCAUGACUCCAGAGGAAUACACUCUGAUGUGGAUUCUUACUGAUUUUGUGUCUGCCUUCCUCAUCUUUGCAGUUUUUACAUUCCACUGGUGGAGAGAGAGAGGCCUGCCCUUCGUGUCCGGCAGCCGUCAGACUCAUGAGAACGGGCCUUACAGCAAAUUCAGGACCGACUCCUCAGAGGUCAUCUGUAUUGGCUGGAACCCUCUACACUCUGACCCCCCCGCUGCAGCUCAUAUCUCCCUCCCCCUGGUCUUCCACCCAUGACUCCCUGCAUGCCAUGCAAUCCAUUCAGGAAUACUAGCUGAGUGACGUUUGGUCCAUAUCCAGUGUGAAUGUCCGACCCGACCUGCGGAGCACACCCAGUUCUCCCAGUAGCCCCCACCUGCCUACCAUUACAGAGGAGUGAGGCGCGUGUGUUUGGGAUCAGACGGCCAAUAAUUA